AGCGAUUGCUUUCCUUGCAAAAUCUCACCUGCUUUGCUUCAACCAAAUCCACGGCGUGGGGAGGAUCCGGCCGUGCCCUCCUCCCUGUGCGAUGUGGGCUAGACCUGCCUUGUGCGGGGCGCUCUCCGCCUGCCUGAUCUCCGCCUGGGCACUGGCCGGCAGCGGCUCCCACCAGCCGGGCGUCGGAGCGGAUGGCAAUGUGGUGCGCCUGCCCGGUGGGGAACUCCAAAUCGAGACCCGUUUCUUUGAGGGCACAAAUGAAGACCAGGCCCUCCGGAAGGUGGAACCGUUCGUGAUGGACAAAUACCCAGUCACCAAUAAAGACUUUCGGGAGUUUGUGAGAGACCGGAAAUACAAAACAGAAGCCGAGGGAUACGGCUGGAGCUUUGUCUUUGCGGAUUUGGUACCUGAAGAUCUUAAGAAGAAAGUGACUCAGAGGCUGGAGUCUGCCCCAUGGUGGCUUCCGAUCGAGAGAGCAUUCUGGAGACAGCCCGCAGGUCCUGGAUCCGGCAUCAAGGACAAACUGGACUUCCCAGUGCUGCACGUGAGCUGGAACGACGCCCAGGCCUUUUGUGCGUGGAAAGGGAAGAGGCUGCCCACGGAGGAGGAGUGGGAGUUUGCCGCCAGGGGAGGCCUGGAGAACAGGUUGUAUCCUUGGGGGAACAAAUUCCUCGCCAACCGCACAAACCUCUGGCAGGGCAACUUUCCCACUGCCGACUCGGCAGAAGAUGGGUACCAUGGAGUUUCCCCGGUGGCUGCGUUCCCUCCUCAGAACAGCUACGGGUUAUAUGACCUGCUAGGAAAUACUUGGGAAUGGACGGCCUCGGAAUAUCGCCCAAAGGGACCUGCCUCCCGCCAGCCCACUCAGGAGAUGCGAGUCCUGCGGGGAGCAUCCUGGAUUGACACGGUGGAUGGCUCAGCCAAUCACAAGGCUCAGGUUACAACAAGGAUGGGGAACACCCCGGACUCUGCCUCUGACAACCUGAGCUUCCGCUGUGCUGCCAGCCUCACCAAGCAGCGAGCCAAAGGAGCCGUGAGGGAGAAAACUGAACUCUGAAGAUGCCACUUUUCCAAAAGGACACGGAUCCUUCCUCCUGUGGAGAGACCAGCCAUCCCACUCUUUUCUCGGGAGGAAGCUCAUGAAAAACGAGAUUUCAGAAGGGCUGAAUCGGUGCUACAAGGUUGAGCCAAAGCAACUCUCCCCAACCUGGUGGCUUCCAGAUGGUGUUGGACUUCAACUCCUAGUAGCCCAAGCGGCCAGCAAAAUAGCCAAAGGGCAGCUGUGAUAACGGGAGUUGGAGCCCAGCGAUGGCUGGAGGGAACGAGGUUGUGGAAUGUGGAGAUCAGACAAGGGCAGGGAAGCUUUUCCAAUCUGAGGGCCACCUUCUCUUCUGGGGGCCGCAUUCCAGUGGUCGGUGGGGCCAGAGGCAACAGUGGGUGGAGCAAUUAAUGUAACUUUUACCUUUGCACAGUAGGCUAGUUUCUACACCCACCCCCUCCCAAAUCCUGCAUUUGGGUAAGCAACAGGCAUUAUCCGAGUUUGUGGACAUAUCCCAGGCAAAGACACUAACAGAUUGCAACUCGGGCAACGAGGGGUGUGGUCUGGGGAGAAUUCCAAGGGCCAGAUGGAGAGGUCUGGAGGGCUGCAUUUGGCCCCCAGGCCUGAGGUUUCCCACCCUUGAGAUUGAACUUGGGGCCUUUUGUGUGCCAAAAAUGGGCUCAGGUGCGUCCAAACGGUUUGGAGCAAAGUGGGUCUUUCCAGACCGGCAUCCAGGUGUGGCCAGGAAAAAUACAGCAAGCAGCCUGUGAGGGCGAGAGCCCUGCUUCCAACCCCAAAAGGGGAUCUGCCGCCGUAGCAGAGCUGGCAAAGGGCCCUCUCUGCUUCAGACGUAGAGAGCCGCUGCCCGUUCGAAUGGGCCAUGCUAAGCAAGCUGGGUUGACCCGGAUGCAAUGUUCAUCACCUGAGGCCCUUCUCCGUGUGCUCCCUCUGAGGGAGGUGCAGAGGGCAGCUGUGUGAGAACAGGCCUUCUCAGUGGUGGCCCCCAUUUGUGGAUUGCUGUCCCCAGGGAGGCACCAUCACUGCCAGUUUUGAGGCAUCAGGUAAAAACAUUUUUAUUCACCCAGGCCCUUGAUUUCCUGUUGUUUUAAGUCAACUGGAUCUUGUUUUUAUGUAUCUUGUGAAUAUUUCAGGAGGUUUUUAUUCUUGUUUUUAUAUCUGUUUGCAAUGUCUGUAAGUCUGUUGGAGUUUCAUUUUAGGGGGAAAAGAGCACCUAAUAAAUACAACCAGUAAUAAUAAUCUGGGGACCUGAGUUUGAAGAACGCUGCCCUAAGCACACGCGAUUAUUUUCAGAAGCAAGAUGUCACCGUGUGAUAAAUAAAUAAAAGCCCGUCGAAUAAAUAAAGCACAUUUAUUGAUUCUUAAAA